AUGGAGCCAGGGCGAGUCAAAUUCAAGAUAUCUCUGGUGAAGCGCAUUAACAACGCAGCAGAAGCUAUAGAUCUCCUCUUAGGGUGGAAGAAAAUGACAGGUGGAGCAGUGGAACUGGGACGUCGAACGUAUCAUUACUUGCUCACUGGUUUGGUUAUGGACGAUCAAUGGGAGAAUGAGGUUACGGAAUAUGGGGCUGUGAAUAUAACCGGAUUCCGCAUCGUGGAUCACGGCCGGCGGGUUGUGAAGGAGUUCAUGGAGGGUUUGAAGAGGAUGGAUCCACGCUUCAAGGGGACUAUAUCGGCUCAAACAGCGCUGAUGUACGACGGCGUUCAAGUUUUAAUGGACGCGCUCGGACGUCUGUAUAGAAAGAAACCUGAUUCAUUUAGAGCCGCCUUGAGAAGAGCAGCAUCAUUAGCCAACUCCACCAAAGUAAUUGAUUGCAAUCCUGGCAAAGGAUGGGUUGUUCCUUUCGAGCACGGAGACAAAAUUUCACGACUCAUUAAAAAGACGGAUAUCGAGGGUCUAACCGGAAAUAUAUCAUUCAAUGAAGAGGGACACCGCUCUAAUUUCACUCUCCAAGUUGUUGAAAUGACAGUUCAGAGCGCAAUGGUUAAAGUUGCAACUUGGUCAGACAAAGGCGGUCUAACAAUGUUGUCACCGAAACUCACUGACCUAUACACGCCAACUUCGUUCGACAUAAAUAAAACCUACAUCAUUACGACAAUCCUACAAGAGCCCUAUUUAAUGGUAGCCCCAAAAGAAUACGGACAAAGAGGGGAACCAUUCCAUGGAUUUUGUAAGGAUCUCGCUGAUUUUAUCUCGAAUAGACUGGGAAUAAAAUAUCAAUUAAAAAUAGUCGCCGAUGGCCAAUUCGGGAGUGAGACGCCUAAUGGUUGGACUGGGCUUGUUGGAGAAGUUCUAAAAAAGGAAGCUGAUUUAACUCUGGCUCCAUUAGCAAUAACACCUGAAAGAGAGAGAGUAGUAGAUUUCACUGAACCAUUUUUAUCUGUUGAAAAUCCGAUUAUACAGACAAAGACGUCCAAACAAGUCAGCGAUACCUUUAGCUUUUUACGGCCUUUAUCUAAGGAAAUAUGGCUCUGCGUCCUAUUCAGCUUCUUCGCAGUGAGCAUCGUUCUGUUUCUAGUAUCGAGGUUUUCACCACAUGAAUGGAAAUCUGUUUCCAUAUCAGACACACAGUUGGAUCAUCCUGUUAGCAGUACUAAUGAGAUAAUAUUGCACAACGAGUUCAGUAUCUGGAAUUCCUUCUGGUUCUCCUUGGGUUCGUUCAUGCAGCAGGGGAGCGAUGUGGUUCCUAGAUCUCUAUCCGGUCGUAUUGUGGGAACUGUCUGGUGGUUCUUCGCCCUGAUAUUAGUAUGUUCCUACACGGCCAAUUUAGCUGCAUACCUUAUCAUUGAGCGCAUCACGGAGCCCGCUCAAUUCCUCACCUAUAGUUCGAAGAUAAAUUUCGAAAGUCAAUUCCUUCCAAACAACGACUUCGUAAAGGAUCCGGAAGUGGUCAACGAUCCCCCUUACACUAUCGACAGUCGAUACGAAAGAUCCUGCCUAACACCACCAAUAUGCCGCUACAAACACGUUGAUUUCGGUAUGGCGCUUGCAAAAGGAUCCAGUAUCACGUGA